GGGGCCCGCGGGCAGAGCGUGGUGAUCUGCGAGCCCGAGCACAGCAAGGAGCGCAUCAAGCUCGAGGGCUCCAAGAGCCGGGGGCAGCUCCUGAUCUUCGGUGCCACCAACUGGGACCUGAUUGGCCGCAAGGAGGUGCCCAAGCAGCAGGCGGCGUACCGGAACCUGGGCCAGAACCUGUGGGGACCCCACCGCUACGGGAGCCUGGGGGGGCUGCGCGUGCGCUCGGUGGUGUCGGGGCCCUGCGCCGCGCACAGCCUGCUGAUCACGGCCGAGGGCAAGCUCUGGAGCUGGGGUGAGCGGGGAUCCAUCCCGGGAACCCAGCUGGGAGAGCGGGCUCCAUCCUGGGAACCCCCUGGGAGAAGUGGCUCGGUGUUCGCCUUCGGGGAGAACAAGCUGGGCCAGCUGGGGCUGGGGAACCAGACAGACGCCGUGCCCAGCCCCACCCAGAUCCUGUACAACGGGCAGCCGAUCUCCAAGCUGGGCUGCGGGGCCGAGUUCAGCAUGGUCAUGGACUGCAAGGGGAACCUGUAUUCCUUCGGGUGCCCCGAGUACGGCCAGCUGGGCCACAAUUCCGACGGGAAGUUCAUCGCGCGGGCGCAGCGCAUCGAGUACGACUGCGAGCUGCUGCCGCGGCGCGUGGCGCUCUUCGUGGAGCGCACCAAGGACGGCCAGGUGCUGCCCGUGCCCAACGUCGUGGUCAGGGACGUGGCCUGCGGGGCCAACCACACGCUGGUGCUGGAUUCCCAGAAGCGCGUGUUCUCCUGGGGCUUUGGGGGCUACGGGCGCCUGGGCCACGCGGAGCAGAAGGACGAGAUGGUUCCCAGGCUGGUGAAGCUCUUCGACUUCCCGGGACGCGGCGCCGCCCAGAUCUACGCGGGAUACACCUGCUCCUUCGCCGUCAGCGAGACAGGUGGAUUGUUCUUCUGGGGCGCCACCAACACCUCCCGGGAAUCCACCAUGUACCCCAAGGCUGUGCAGGAUCUGUGUGGGUGGAAGAUCCGCAGCCUGGCCUGCGGGAAGAGCUCUGUCAUCGUGGCGGCCGACGAGAGCACCAUCAGCUGGGGGCCCUCGCCCACCUUCGGGGAGCUGGGAUAUGGGGACCACAAACCCAAAUCGUCCACGGCGGCGCAGGAGGUGAAAACCCUGGACGGGAUCUACACCGAGCAGGUGGCCAUGGGCUAUUCCCACUCUCUGGUGAUCGCCCGGGACGAGUCGGAGGCGGAGCAGGAGAAGCUGCGGAAGCUGCCGGAGUACAACCCCCGCACCCUCUGAGGGGCCCUGAUCCCAAUCCCGAUCCUGCUCCCGCUUCUCCAUCCCGGCCGCUGUGCUCCCUCCCUUUUCCCGCACUCCCAGCCCUCGGGGGGGUCAUUCCCACCCCCAUUCCCGGCUUUAGGAAUUCCCGACCACAGCCGGGCUUUCCGGCACGUCCCGCCCCGGGUUUUGUAGGGUCUGCCCUUGAAUUAUUUUUUAUUUUAUUUGUAUUUUUCCGCAGCUUUUUUUUACUGUUUUCCAUUUUUCCAGCCCCGAAUCUCCGUGGCUGCCAGCUUGGGAUCACUUUGGGGAUCUGAUCCCAGCUUGGGAUCCCUUUAGGGAUCUGGGAUCCCUAAAGAGCAGCCGCCAAUGCCUGGUUUUCCCCCUAUAUUCCCAUUUUUUCCCCCCAGUAUUCCCAUUUUUUGCUGGUUUUCCCUACUCUGGGUGCUACAGUUUUCGGGAUUUCCCCCUCCCACCCCUCCAGCAUCCGCAGGGAUCCCAGAUCCCAUCCCAGAGGCAUUCCCGGAUCCCAUCCCAGCAGCAUUCCCAGGCUCCCCGCCCUCGCCCACCCCGGGGACAUCUCAGGGAUCACGAGGGGAGUCCCAAAGGAAUUUUUUUCCCGGGAAUUCGGAGUUUUUUCCUUCUGGCGGAUGGUUUGGCCCGGGAUCAGCCGGAAUUCCCGCAUUCCCAGUUCCCUCCGUGCCAGGUCACUGUGCUGGAAUCUCGAGGUGCCUUCAGGAGCAGAGCCCAGCUCUGCCCCGCGCCAUUCCCGCUCCCUUUGGGCCGUUUUUAGGGAUUCUCCUGGAUUUUUCCAUGGAUUUUUGCUCCUUCCCAUCUCCCCCGGGGCGGCGCUCGGGGAGUUUGCAGUAAAAAAUAAAUGGGUUUUGGUCAA